UCAUGACAGAACAAUGCAGGAUAUUGUUUACAAACUUGUGCCGGGCCUCCAAGAAGCGGAAAUGAAAAAGCAAAGGGAGUUUUAUCACAAACUGGGCAUGGAAGUUCCAGGGGACGUCAAAGGGGAGACAUGUUCUACAAAACAGCACCUAGAUGCCCACCGAAAUGGUGAAACAAAAACAGAUGAAAACUCAAACAAAGAAACUUCAGAGGAAAAACAGGAAGAAGAUAAUGACUACCACCGAAGUGAUGAACAGGUAAGCAUCUGCUUGGAAUGCAAUAGCAGCAAAUUGCGUGGACUGAAACGAAAAUGGAUUCGUUGCUCAGCACAAGCAACAGUCUUGCAUCUAAAGAAGUUCAUUGCCAAAAAACUAAACCUUUCUUCUUUCAACGAGCUGGACAUAUUAUGCAAUGAAGAGAUUCUUGGCAAGGACCACACACUCAAGUUUGUAGUUGUUACUAGAUGGAGAUUUAAGAAAGCACCUCUACUGCUACACUACAGACCCAAAAUGGACUUGCUGUAAGAGAACUUAUAUUGUCCUUCUGGACAGAGUUUUUUGCAGAGACUAUCAUCUGGCACCUUCUUAGUGCAUCACUAAUCACAUGACACAAACCAGCUGAAUAAUUUUAGAAGACUGUAGGGCUUUCAUAGCGGACUGUCCUUCUGAAUAUUUCUUCUAGGGAUAUACUACCAAGAGUUCUGGACAGAAAAUAUUUAUACUUUUUUUUGUACAGAAGAAGUAAGUCACAACUCAACAAGACACUACCAGCACUAAGUUUACAGAUACUGAAAACACUUCACAGUUCUAUGUAGCUCAGCCUGAUUUAUCUCUUACAGUUACACAGAAAUAAGUUAGAAUGUUGUGGAGUGAUUUAAAAAUGUUGCUUUUGACACCAAGUUGCAUUUAGUUACUUUUCACAUUCUGAAUCUUUAAAAACUAUAUUUUUGCAAAGUGUUAUUGUCUUAUAUAGUAUGCCUGAUUGCAUUUGCUU